AUGGCUGAUCAGAGUAAUAUCCAAUCGGCCGCCUCUAAGAGCAUUCGACCGUUCAAAUCAAGUGAGGAAUACCUGUACGCUAUGAAGGAGGACCUCGCUGAAUGGCUAAACACCCUAUACGACCUGGACAUCGCUGCGGACACGUUUAUGGAGAGCCUGGAGACGGGGUGUGCCCUGUGCCGGCAUGCCAACAACGUGAACCGUGCCGCACAAGACUUCGCGGCGAGGUAUCCGGACGCAGUGCAGUCGUUUCGGAUGCCAUCCAAGGAUGUGCCCUUUCAGUCGAGGAACGUUAUACCUGGUUCUUUCUUGGCACGGGACAACAUAUCGAACUUCAUCGCAUGGUGUCGACAGGAGCUGGGCAUUAAAGAUGUGUUGAUGUUUGAGACCAACGACUUGGUGGAGAGAUGCAACGAGAAGAACUUCGUUCUGUGCCUGUUGGAGGUGGCACGUCGGGGGGCUAAGUUCGGAAUGUUGGCCCCGAUGCUGAUCCAACUGGAGGAGGAGAUUGAGGAAGAGAUUCGGGACCAGGAGAGCCUAGGCGAACCGAGCCCUCCGAGCAGGCAAUUCAGCCGGAAAGACAGCAUUAACGAACCGGACCCAGUCCUCGUCGCCAGUUGGCAACAGCAGAAAAGAGUACUGUGUGACAUGCGCAACCUGGACGAAUUGGUACGGGAGAUUCUUGGCCAAUGCUCCUGUCCAGCCCAGUUUCCAAUGACCAAAGUAUCAGAAGGCAAAUACAAAGUGGGCGACUCCAGUGCACUUAUCUUCAUCAGGGUGUUACGUACUCAUGUGAUGGUGCGUGUGGGUGGAGGCUGGGAUACUCUGGAACAUUACCUAGACAAACAUGACCCCUGUCGCUGCUCCGCCUAUGCUCACAGGUAUCACCAGGCCAAAUCCAGUGGUGCUGCCCCUCACAGUAAAAGCUCCAGUGCCCACUCCUCUCGCUCUACCAGUCCAGGCCCACACUGGCGGAACGAAGCCAUAGCGCCCUACAAAACCCCCGACAGACGCUCUCUCGAGCCUUCGUCCGUUUCCUCCUCAUCUUCAUCGAGACCUGGACGUUCCAACAACCAAUCGGCUACGGAGGUGGACGGCAACACGCCACGCCCACAAACACUACUGCCUCGCCCACCCCGAGACCAAUCAGAACCUCGUCACUUCAACCCCCUCAGAAAUAAAGAAUCAUUGUUGCCACUGACCCGCAGGUUAUCAGGAGAUAGUGAUUCUUCUACGGCUUCAUCUAAAGGGGGUGGGGCUGGAGGGGGAGGGGCAGGAGGCGGAACAGGGGGCGGUCGUUUCUCUCUGGGAGGGAGACGCACAAAUGGAGAGGAGGUGGUGUUGCUGGUGAAUAGGAAAGAAGGGAAGCAUGUGAUCGAGCGGCCCGGAGCCAGGGCCCAGAUUCCAUCCCUCCGACCUCCCCAGCCCCGUGCUCGUAGCCUCUCCAGAGAGCGCCCUACCCCCUCCCUGCUCAAACCUACUCCUCCACAAGGCUCUGCCGAGACCACAAGGAACCCACGGUCAGAGAGAGGCCGUUCUCUAGGCCCCCAAGGAGCCCGUAGACUUCAGGCCCCGCGCUCCCUUAGCCAGGGGAAAGUUCCAGCACGUGGCCGCCACAGUGAGGCGAGCCCGAGCUCCUCCCCUCGCCACCGGGAGCCCCAGCCCCCCCUCCCGGACCGUCGGGACGAACUCCGGACUAAACAGACGGCCCCUGCGUCACCUCGGUUGAGCAGUGGCUCGUCCAAGAGACAGACGUCCAGCUCCGCCUCCAGUUCACCUGUUAAGGGUGGGACUAGUGGGAGUCCCAGUAAGAAGGGUGCGGUCACGCCCCGCCCACCUGCCCCACGUUCCCCGGUGACCGGCAGCCGUAGGUUGCUGCCCCCUGUCUCUCAGCCAGCAGGGCGGCGUUCUCCUCACCACACCCCUCGCUCAUCCCAUCACCAUGUCCCUCGUUCCCCUCGCCCCGCCCAUGGGCCGCGCUCCCCCAGUCACGCUUUGAGAGGCUGGAGUGGCACUCGCCCGCUUGAACCUUCAGAGGACGCGGGCCUGGGUUUCGGCUUCCAGCGCUUGCCAUCUUUGGAUCCACAACGUGAACAGGAAAUGUACCGCAGCUUUGAGGCGGAGUUUCUUGCCAACACGCAGCAAGCCAGAAGUGUACGGGAAGCCAACACACUACAGCUUCCCGUCUCUCACCAGGGCUUUGUUUCGGUCGACACUAAUGUCACAGACUCCGCCUACUCCUCCUCUAACUCCUCCUCUUCAUCUCUGAGCGUAGGGAUGGGCCGAGUGGGAACGUUGCCCGAAUUGCGCGAAUGCAACAGGAGUAACAUUCAUCUCCCUACCUGUGCUUUGGAGGACCCACCCAACUUAUUACAUAGCCACACCCGGGGUGUUGGCCUGCCCGGUGGGGUUCUCCCAGAGCCGGGGCAGUGGAGAAGAGGUGGAGCCUUGCAGAAGCUUCCAGCCAUCUCUAGCUCAAUGGAGGAGGGUGAGUCCAGCCUCCAGCAUGACCACACUCUCCCCCGGCCUGGACUGCUGCACAGUGAAGUGAACGGCAGACGCGAGGAUCCGCCCCCAGCGGAGAGGCUGACCAACUCGUGCUACGACCUCCAGAACUCUGAGCCUAAUGACGACUUCCCGCUUCCGGAUUCUUUCCCAACUCCCCCACCCCCCUUGCCUCCAGAGGAGGACGAGGAGGUGGAGGAAGAGCAUUCUUAUCAGGAUUCAUCUAGCGAGAGCUCAUCCAUGUGUUUCAGUUUGAGUGAACCGCCUUCCGAGGGCUCCUGUACCCCGCCCCCAAUGCCCCUGACCAAUGGGGAUACAGAUGGCGCUGUGGUCCUCCGGUCCAAAAGGGGGCAGAAGAAAGCAGAUCGAGUCCCUUCCAUCUACAAAGUCAAGUUCCGGCCGCGUAUCAGGCCUCGGACGGACAACCGGCCGGAGAACAGCCCCUCCCGUAUCCCCACUCCUGUCAGCUACAGAGAGCUCCACCAGCCUCCACCUGCCUGCCUGUCUCCCUUACAAACCCCACCUCAGAGCCCCCGAUCCAAUGGACAUCCAGCCUCUCGUAAAGCCAUUCAUCAAGCUUUCAGUGAACUCAUCCACCCACAACCACGCACCGCAACCAGAGAGCAUACCUUCUCCUCUGAGUCUAGCCUAGAGGCAGAUGCGUGGAUGUAG